AUAUGAGGCGCAUCAUGUCAAGGAAAAUUAUUAUUCUCUUUAUUUUCGUUGCAUCCACGCAGGGGAACAACUUGUCGGAGGAGAAUGAGGAAUACCUGAGGUUCCCACCGAACUUUCUCCUGGGUGCUGCGACUGCAGCAUACCAAAUCGAAGGAGCUUGGAACGUUAGCGACAAAGGAGAAAGUAUUUGGGAUCGAUUCUCUCACGAAAGAAAUGGACUUAUCGUCAAUAACGAUACCGGUGAUAUCGCUAGUGAUUCGUAUCAUAAAUUUAAAGAAGAUGUAUCUCUGCUAAAAUAUGUCGGGAUAAAGGCCUAUCGUUUUUCCAUAAGCUGGCCACGUAUAUUGCCAACUGGUUUUUCUAACAACAUUAGUAAAGAUGGUGUUACUUAUUACCAUAACCUUAUUGAUGAAUUAUUGAUUAAUGAUAUCGAACCUAUCAUAACACUUUAUCACUGGGAUCUUCCUCAAGUAAUCGAAGAUGCUGGAGGAUGGUUGAAUCCACACGUGGUCGAUUGGUUUGUAGACUAUGCUAGAGUCGCUUUCAACGAAUUCGCUCCAAAAGUAAAGAAAUUCAUAACGUUGAACGAACCAUCGGAUAAUUGUAUUAACGUUUAUACUACGGGAAUUCACGCACCCUCUAAAUCGUCUUUACGCGGCAUUGGAGAAUAUAUUUGUGGAGAGAAUAUGUUAAAGGCUCAUGCUCGUGUUUAUCGAAUGUAUCAGAAAGAAUUCAAAGAUACUUAUAAUGGCUUAGUUGGUAUCAAUGCUCACGUAAAUAAUUUUUAUCCAAAACAUGAAAAUGACUCAGAAUCCGUAGAAAUAGCAUUUCAAUUCUCAAUAGGUUGGAUGCUUCAUCCUAUAUAUUCUAAAACAGGUGAUUAUCCUAAUAUAAUGAAAAAUUUGAUAGAUAUGAAGAGUCAAAAACAAGGUUAUUCACGAUCUCGAUUACUCAAGCUUGGAGAUAAUUGGGUGGAUUAUAUUCGCGGUACUUCCGAUUUUUUGUCAAUAGAUCAUUACACUUCUGCAAGAGUCGAACGGGGAGACGUUGAAUUAGAACCUUCAUUCUAUAACGACCAAGGACUAAUAGAAGAUCAAGAUCCUACUUGGGAAAAUAAUACUAUUCCGUGGCUGAAGAUUGUACCAGAAGGAUUUGAUAUCAUUCUUAGAAAAUUAGCAAUUGAAUAUAAUAAUCCGCUCAUGUAUAUUACGGAAAAUGGUGUUUCCAGCGAAAAUACCAUCAACGAUGAUGAUAGAGUGAGAUAUUAUUGGAAAUAUUUAAAAGAGAUGCUUAUUUCCAUAUAUCGUCAUAAAGUUAAUAUUAAAGGUUAUCUGUUAUGGUCUUUCAUAGACAGUUUCGAAUGGACAAGUGGAUAUAGCCAAAAUUUUGGAAUUGUUCAUGUCAAUUUCACUGAUCCGGAAAGGAAGAGAACGUUGAAAAAAUCUGCUUAUUGGUGGCGAAAAGUAAUAAAAUAUAGAACCUUGAACAUAUCCUCUUUUGAAAAUGAUACCACAUCUGAAACGUAAAUUUUCAUAAAGGAGACUAUAGUUUUCAAUUAUUUGAUUUUCAAAUUAUGAUUCUUUAGUUAUGAUUUUUUUAAAGCAAUUACAACAACAUAUGUAAAAAUAGCAGUUGCUAUUCAUGAUCAUUCAACUCUAUAAAUAUUUUGGUAAAAUUUGUUUUAUAAUGAAACAUGAAAUGAGACAACUAUCUAUUCGACAUACAUUCGUAUAUUUAAUACUAUAUUAGCAAAUUCUAUUUAUAAUUUUAAAGUUAUCAGGCUUAGCAAAUAAUAAUAUGAAUUUACGUUAUUUUAUGGAAAAUUUUGAACUAUCAUCUAAAUAAAUAGACAUUUAUCAAUGCUAAAUAGAAAUGCGAAAAUCAAAAAAGUUUGUGAUAAUACGUUUAUAUAACUGUACUGUUUAUUUGGAUGUUCAAUAUAAAUUGCGUAAGAUGAUAAACAAAUGAUAAAAGAUAUAAUAGCGCAUAAGACAUUUAAAGAGAGAUUUUUAAUGCGGUCGAAAUGGACGAGGUUCGACAAAUAGAAAAUAACGCGCAAGAACAUAGACAUAAAGACAGGAAGUCGAAAAGUGAGAUAAAAAAAAGGUGAUAUGGAAAUAGAAAUACGUCACGGUAAACAUGUCAAAAUUUAUCAAAAUGGAUAUGUUAAAAUAUAUUUAUAUUUUUACAGUAAGAUAAGAUAAUAGAAUUCAUAACUACAUGUUAUUAGCAGACCAUUUUCUUUAAUACUUAUAUCUAACUAUAGAGUUCUUUAUAUAAAUUUAUUAAAGUCGUAAAUAAAGACUAAUCGUAAAGUUCUUAUCAGUUUAAUAACUCUUAUCAACUAACAUAAACUUGUAAUAUUUUUUCGAAAUAAAGAUAUUGACUGCAA